ACUGACCAACUCAGGUACCGCAACACAUUUUAGUUUAGAAGUUUUGGCUAGUGAUAGAUAAAUCAUAGAGUGAUUGAAGACUAUCCUAAGUAUUGUAUAUGGGCCUUGAAUUUCAAACCUUUCAGUUUUCAAAUAAUUCUUUUGGACCUCAAGCAUAAGUCUUACUUAGGUAUACAAUCUGCUAGCACAAGUAGAUUUUCCAGGGCUCUUACUAGGAUCAAAACAUUAAAUUAAGGUUUUCACCUCAUUAAAGUCCACAUGUACCUCUUAUUAGGACAAAAACAUUAAACUACCUAAAAUUUCCAUCUUAUUUUAGUCAAUAGGUGCUUUAUAAGUCACUCAGCUGGUUUUGCUUCCUAAUGUUAUCAGAGCAGAAGUUGUUUUCUUUCUAAUGUAUUAUGGGAAUUUCCAAAUGUCCCAACAUGUCAAUUAAAAUAAUGAACUUCUGCUUUUGCAGGAACAUAGAGCUUUGUGAAGAAAUUAGAUUGCUAAGAAGUCUCAUUCAUAAUGCCCCGUUGAAUAUAGAGUAUUCAAGUCCUACAUGAUUGCAUAUUUGUGGAUGACUUUGACAAACAACAUUCAAGUCCUAUUAGAUAUGAUUGCAUAUUUGUGGAUGAAUUUGACAAAUAACAUUCAAGUCCUAUUAUAUAUGAUUGCAUAUUUGUGGAUGACUUUGACAAAUAACAUUCAAGUCCUUCCUAUUUUAAAAGAAGAAUCCAAGAACGUACAUCGUGUCUUGAAAAUUGGCUAUAGUAAUUAAAUUCACACCAUAAAUUCAAGUCCUUGCUGUAUCUCACUCUGCCUUACACCAAUAUGUCACCAACAUUCUGCUUCUCUCCAUUACCAAUGAAGCUUCACAGCCGCAACUUAUACCUUGAUGUCAUUCUUCUCUUUUCUAUAACCCUACUAUGCUUCCAACAUGCCACUCUUGCUGCUUCCACUCAAACCAAUGAGACAGAUCGUUUGGCUUUGCUGAAAUUCAAAGAGAUGAUAACCAAUGACCCAUUUAACAUCGUCACCUCUUGGAAUAAUUCUAUCCACUUCUGCAACUGGCAUGGAAUUACAUGCGGCCGCAAGCAUCAAAGAGUUACGGCCUUGGACCUGCAUGGCUAUACCUUAAGUGGAUCCAUAUCACCUUACAUUGGCAACCUCAGCUUUCUUAGGUUGGUCAACCUCUCAGACAACUUCUUACACGGCGUAAUUCCAAAACAAGUCACUCAUUUGCUUCGGCUACAACAUCUCAAUCUUAGCAUUAACUCGUUGACAGGGGAAAUUCCAAGCAACUUCACCAACUGUCCUCAACUCAGAUUCUUGGACUUCCAAAGGAAUAAUCUUACUGGAAAUAUUCCUGUUGGACUCGGCUUUUUAAAGAGGCUUGUGCGGCUUGACGUUUCCUCAAAUCAUUUGACGGGAGGCAUCCCACCUUCUUUGGGAAAUGUUUCUUCACUCCAUGUACUUCACUUUUCGUAUAAUUAUUUCGUGGGAAAUAUUCCAGAUGAAAUAGGCCAUUUGCAAAGGUUAGUUUUCUUCGGAGUUGCGAUAAAUAAUUUGUUUGGUACGUUCCCUUAUUCCCUUUGCAAUAUAUCAAUUUUGAAGAUCAUUGACGUCGGAUCUAACCGAUUUAAUGGCAUUCUUCCGGCCAACAUAGGCCUCACUCUCUCUAAUCUCCUGUACUUGUACAUCGGUGAUAACGAAUUCUCUGGUCCAAUCCCAGUUUCUCUAUCCAAUGCUUCCCAACUUGAAUUUCUUGAUCUCACCCGAAACAAUUUCGUGGGACAAGUUCCAACUGGUCUAGGCAACCUGCUAAGUCUCAGUCUUUUAGUUGUUGGUGGAAAUAAUCUUGGAAGUAAUUCAGUCAAGGACUUGGAUUUUGUAACAUCUUUGGAAAACUGCACCAAACUUGAAACGCUAGGUUUUUUUGAUAACAAUUUCGAAGGUAGUUUACCAGAUUCUAUAGGAAAUUUGUCGAAGCAACUCAGUGAUUUAUAUAUUUAUGGCAAUCAAAUAUCUGGAAUUAUUCCUGCAGCAUUAGAGAAUCUCAUUAACUUAAGAAUCCUCGGCAUGGAGGAAAAUCUGUUCACAGGCACCAUUCCCACUUAUUUUGGGAAGUUCCACAAGCUGCAAGGAUUGGAUUUGCAAAGAAACAGAUUGUCGGGGCAGAUACCAUCCUCUCUAGGCAACCUCACUCAAUUGGUAGAUCUUUACUUAAAUCAAAACAAAUUGGAAGGAAGCAUACCAUCAAGUUUUGGAAACUGCAAAAGUUUGCAAUUCUUAGAUAUUUCCCAAAAUAACCUUAGUGGAGCCAUACCACAAACAAGUCUUUCUUCCCAAUUACUUGCAAUCGACUUAUCACAUAACUCAUUCACGGGCAUCCUACCCAUGGAAGCAGGCAAUUUGAAAAAUAUUGUGAUUUUGGAUGUAUCUGAAAACAAUUUGUUUGGUGAGAUUCCUACAACCAUUGGAGAUUGCUUGAGUUUGCAAAACCUUUACUUGCAGGGUAAUUCAUUUGAAGGAAACUUGCCUACAUUUAUGGCUUCCUUGAAAGACCUUCACCAUGUAGAUCUUUCACGAAACAAUUUUUCGGGAAUAAUUCCUAAAGAUCUACAGAAAGUUUCAGUUCUACUGUAUUUGAAUCUUUCAUUUAAUAAUUUGGUGGGCGAGGUACCAACAAAGGGAGUCUUCCGAAAUGCAAGUGCAAUAUCAGUGAUAGGAAAUAAAAAGCUUUGUGGAGGUAUUCCAGAACUAAAACUACAAGCAUGCGAUGUCAAAGUUAUGAAGCAAGGAAAAUCCCCUGCAUUCAAAUUGACAGUCAUAGUUGUUAGUGGGGUUUUAUGUUUCAUCCUAUUUUCAUCAUUUCUUAUCCUUUAUAGGAGGAGAAAAUCAAAAAAAGAAUCAUCUUCUACACUCCCCAAAACCAACUUUCUUUCAAAUGUUUCAUACAAGGAGCUCUAUCAAACUACUAACGGAUUUUCUCCUAGCAAUUUAAUUGGAUAUGGUAGUUUUGGCUCAGUAUAUCAAGGAAUUCUUGAUCAAGAAAAAAUGAUGGUUGCUGUGAAAGUAUUAAACCUUCAACAGAAAGGAGCUUCCAAGAGUUUCAUGGCUGAAUGUAAUGCGUUAAAAAACAUACGGCAUCGAAAUCUCAUUAAGAUCUUAACUUGUUGCUCAAGCGUGGACUAUAAUGGCGAUGAAUUCAAAGCUCUAGUUUACGAAUUUAUGGCAAAUGGAAACUUAGACAAGUGGCUGCACCAGGAUAGAGAGAAUGAAAGUCCACCAAGAUAUUUGAACCUCCUUCAAAGACUAAAUAUUGCAAUUGAUGUAGCUUUUGCGCUACAUUAUCUUCAUGAUCAAUGUGAAACACCAAUCAUUCAUUGUGAUUUGAAGCCAAGCAAUGUUCUUCUUGACGAUGACAUGAUUGCUAAAGUAAGUGAUUUUGGUUUGGCAAAGAUCCUCUCUACAAUAAAUGAUGUUUCUCAAAAUCAAACUAGCACAGUUGGAAUAAAGGGUACUAUUGGCUAUGCUGCUCCAGAGUACGGAAUGGGUGGUGAAGCAUCAACACAUGGAGAUGUUUAUAGCUAUGGAAUAUUUGUGUUGGAGAUGUUCACUGGAAAAAGGCCAACUGACACUAUGUUUAAAGAUGGUUUCAGCCUUCAUAACUUUGUUACAACGGCAUUGCCAGAGAAACUUGUGCAAAUUGUGGAUCCAAAUCUUUUCAAAAGAGAAGUUAAUGAAUUAGCAGUGGCAACAGAAGAAGAUGACUACACCGACAAUGAUCACAAUGAUAUUGAGGCAGUAGAAGAAAGAAUCCUUAUUGAGAAUCUCAGCCAGAUGGAUUCUAAUGUGCAAAAGUGCCUACUUUCAGUUUUCAAGAUCAGUCUUACUUGUUCAUUAGAAUCAGCAAAGGAAAGAAUGAAUAUGUGGGAUGUCACUAGGGAACUACAUCGAAUAAAAAAUGCCUUUCUAAAGGCUGGGAUCCAUGGAUAAGGACCAAAUAAGAGUUUUGUGAAGAAAUGAUCAGAUUGCAGAAAAGUCUCCUUCGUAAUGCCCAACAUUAGCUUGGCUGUUUGUACGAGUAUGUAUUUUGUUGGAAUAAA